GCUUUUAUAGGAGGAGGGAAAAAUGAAAAUCCGUUAUUUUGGGGGUGCGCGUACACAACGUGUUUCCUCCACCAUUUACCUCCCCCUUGCAAUUCCCCUCUCUCUCUCUCUCUCUCUCUCUCUCUGAUCUCCGGUGUAGGUAGGAAGGCUUCUGCGACCGUCCAUCACUAAUCCAUGGCGUCGGAUAAAGGCCGUCCAUUGCCAAAAUUUGGCGAGUGGGAUGUGAACAACCCUGCCUCAGCCGAUGGAUUUACAGUGAUAUUCAACAAGGCUAGAGAUGAGAAGAAGACUACUGCCACUGCUGGCAAUAUUGUGUCGCCAAAAAGAAAUGAUAAUCAUGUCUACAAACAAAAUGAGUCUUGUCAUCAACAACAUCCACCAAAGAAAAGGUGGUUUUGUUGUGGCUGCUGAUUCCAGUGGAAGGGUGAAAAUUGCUUUAAACGGUGGGUGGCAGCCUGGCAGGUGUGGGAAGUUUCUUGUGCUGGAGCAAAUGGCUUUAUCAAGUAAUCAAUUUCUUUGACCUAGGCCACUUUCACUUCUUGAUUGGGCUCCUUUUUUAAAAACCUAGGUUGUUUCUUGAGCUUUUCUUGUAUUGAGAAUGGAAAAGGGGAAAGUAAUAGACAAGACCAACGGUAUUUUCUUGACAGGACUAGAGUCUUUCGUGGUUGUCAGUUCUUUUUACUCCUUGUUGACAGCAGAAACAACAUUUCACAAAAAUUAAGUACACAAACUAUAAUACAUUCUGUAUUUCUUCUUCGUCAAUUUCAUUUGGAUGCAUGAUAUAAAUUUUGGUAACCUGGAA